AUGUUGAAAAAGUUUGUGCCAUCAUUGCGGAUCGUUCGUCAGUCGUUCAGAUUGCUUUCAAGUGAAGGUGAUGGAGAUGACGUAAAGCGGCCACCAGGCAGCUCUAAGGAUGUGCUAGGCGAUGAACUGCUGGACGCCGUCAACGCUGUGGUUGAUGACCUCCACAACAAAAGUGAUCCCGAAACGAAAAAAGUAACCAAAAACACAUUGAUCUCGAAACUGAUGUCUCAUGAAAAGGCAACGUUUGAUGAGGCAACAGGUGCACAAAUGCAGGAGAUGCUCGAUGACAAGGCGAUUCAAGGUUUGCUCAGUUCCGUAGCUGCUGAUGCGAAACCCCCUAGUACAGCACCAAGCAAAGUUAUGCAAGAACGCCAAGAGCGUCGAGGUCUUCUGCUCCUGCGUAAAGAAAUCUUCUAUCAGGCUGUACAGAUGCUCUGCAAUACUGCUCGACGUGAGCAAUUUCUCCCUAAACACUAUGUCUAUGUCGGGAUGUACUACUUCCUGGAAUGA